CACAUAGCAAAAGAGAUCGCGGAGAGCGAACAAAAAAUUUGGGAUACUGUGAAGAGCGAUAAGGAAAGAAACGAAGCCGAAUCUAAACCCUAUCAAGCCAGUUUCUGAUUUUGUACUUGGAAAUUGAUGAGAAUUUGAUAGAGUAAAUAACAAUGGCUGGAAGAGAAGUUCGAGAAUACACAAAUCUCACAGACCCUAAAGAUAAGAAAUGGGGAAAAGGGAAGGACAAAAUUGAUGAUGAAGAUAUCACUUUCCAGCGCAUGGUUGCCAAGAUGCAAGAGGUUGCAGGGGAACGUGGAGGUUACCUUCAUGGACGAGGCGCAUUGGACAGUGAUGAUCUACUCUAUCUCAAGGAGCAGAUGGAGGCUGAGGAGGAUGCAGAACGCCUUUUACGCCGCACAGAGAAGCGUGCCUUUGCUGCAUUUAAGAAAGCUGCAAGUUUAGCAGAUUCUUCACCGGCAACGGUUCCCUUGCCCCUUCGUGUUGAGCCCAAGCCAAAGAGUGGGAUUAGACAGCAAGAUUUGCUGAAAAAGGUGGUGGAAGUCAAACCCAAGCGGCAUAGAGUGUCAAGUCCAUCUAAUGGUAAUCAGACUGCCCCAAAUUCGAGUGACUCUGCUUUGAAAAAUCCUAAGUCUGAAGUUGACCAGCUGAAGGCAGGCGAGAGUCCUCUGUCAAGAUCAAAAAAAGCAGAAGAUGCGACUAAAGCAGAGAACCCUGUUAAAAGCUUACUUGGAUUAGCAUAUGAGAGUUCUGAUGAUGAAGAUGACUGAUCGGAAAAGAAUGGUUAUGUGCUGGUCCAACAUUCUAUUUCUUCAUUGUUGUUUUAUUGAUGUUCAAGCAUAUGCUUUGUUUCUUAGUACAAAUAUUCUGUCUCUCUGACCUAAACUAGGUUUCAGUGAAUACUGUAUUGAACAAAGCAAAGUCGAAACCAAAAUUUGUUAUACAGCCAGAGAAGGAAUCUGUUUCUAUGUA